GUGUAGAGAUAUGGGCCAGGGGCUGACGGGCACAUGGAUUUAUCGUUUAUCGUCCCUAGAUUUGGGGGAUGGUGAAACGGACUGGUCCACAAUCAGCCCAUCAUUGUCAUCAUGAUGAUGAUACUAUUGUUUAACUGUCAGACAGACAGGGGACAAGUCGCACGCUACUUGAUCAGUGCUGUUCUGAUAGGUAGUAUUGGGGGAUCGGAGGCGGCAGCAAGGAGGGAAAUAAUGGGUGAGAAAAAAGAAAGGAAAGGAUCGUUUGCGGUCAUUUUCCCAGCCCUCCCAAUCAUCCAGUCCAUCAGCUUCGGAACCUUCCCCACCUUAUUUUUACCCCGCAGAAACAACCACCUGUGUUGGUAUACCGAUCGUUAUCGGAGGUAUGUAUGUGUAAAGAGUCGCGAUGAUGACCCGGGUUGCCAUUUGCGUUCUGUAUUAGAUUGACGUGGGCAAACUAGUAUAUAUCAUGAUACUGCCCGAGGUUGAUAGCGUUGCUAUCGUUAUCGGCAAGGAAUGUGGAGAGCGUCUAUCUACCCUAGUCGUCUCUCUGGAGUAGAUAUGUACCGGUAUGAGUCGGCAGCAGCGCCAGCGCUGUACGGAGUAGAGAUUGAUGGAACCGCCGAAUCCAUUGAAUACUCGUAACCC